AUGCAUGGUCAACGAUGUGAGGCACCGGCACCAACGGGAGUUUUCUUCUUCCGUUUUUUUGACUGUUUCUUGUUACUGAUUGGACUGCUUGUGGUUUACUUGGCGGUGAAGCUGGAGUACCAGGUGGACCUAUUGAGUGCCGUGUGGAACGUGUACUUGAAGCCUAAUUAUGAUGAUGAUCUUUGA